CUGAACAUCGUAGAGUGUGCCUGCGGAGGGCGAAUUGCUUUUAUCAACAUGCUAGACAUAAUAGCUCUGGCACUGAUAGGGCUCUCCAUUGGCUUCUGGUAUGUGCGCACCUCGCUCAACUAUUGGGCGAGCAGGGGCAUUGCUCAUGUGGAGCCCCAGUUUCCAGUUGGCAAUAUGGAAGGCUUGCGCCAAAGCAAACACUUUUUAGAAAUUUUGACUCCCCUGUAUGAAUGUUUUAAGGGCACAGGGGCACCAUUUGCCGGCCUUUAUAUGAUGCUGCGUCCCGUGGUGCUUGUGCUCGAUGUAGAGCUGGCAAAAAAUAUUCUCAUCAAGGAUUUUGCGAACUUUGAGGAUCGCGGCAUGUAUCACAAUGAGCGCGACGAUCCGUUGACCGGCCAUCUCUUUCGUAUUGACGGGCCCAAGUGGAGACCCUUGCGCCACAAAAUGUCGCCCACCUUCACAUCCGGAAAAAUGAAAUACAUGUUCGAUACGGUAUGCGCCGUGGGUGAGGAAUUGACAAGGGCUUGUGCAGAGCAGGCACUUAAUGCUAAUAAUGGCAUACUGGAGAUUAGCGAUCUCGUAGCUCGCUACACAUCCGACGUCAUAGGCAGCUGCGCCUUUGGUCUUGAAUGCAAUGGACUUCGAAAUCCUCAGGCUGAGUUUGCUGCGAUGGGUCGUCGCGCCUUUACCGAUCGUCGUCACAACAAACUCGUCGACGGCUUUAUUGAAACGUUUCCGAACUUGGCGCGACGGCUGCGCAUGCGUCAAAUACAUCAGGAUAUUACGGAUUUCUACAUGCGCAUCGUCAAGGAUACGGUCAAGGAACGCGAGGCUCGUGGCAUUGUGCGCCAAGACUUUAUGAAUCUUCUAAUCGAAAUGAAGCAACGCGGCGAACUGACGAUAGAGGAGCUGGCAGCUCAGGCUUUUAUAUUCUUUGUGGCCGGCUUUGAUACAUCGGCCAAUACUUUGAGCUUUGCGCUAUACGAGCUGGCGAAGCAACCACGUUUGCAGGAUAAACUGCGCCAGGAGAUUGCUCAAGCAUUGGAAAGACACAAUGGACAGUUCACAUACGACUCCAUGCAAGAUCUGCAGUACAUGGAGCUGGUCAUAGCGGAAACACUGCGUAAAUAUCCAAUCCUGCCCCAUCUAUCGCGCAUCUCACGUCAAUAUUAUGCCGCUAACAACGAUCGUCACUAUUAUAUAGAGCCUGGACAAAUGGUGAUUAUACCUGUAUAUGCUAUACAUCACGAUCCCAUGUUCUACCCGGAUCCGGAUAAAUUUAUUCCCGAACGUUUUCUGGCCGAUCAACUGGCACAGCGUCCCACCGCUUCUUGGCUGCCUUUUGGCGAUGGACCUCGAAACUGCCUGGGGAUGCGAUUUGGAAAAAUGCAAACCUGUUCAGCUUUGUUCCAUCUGUUGAGGCGUUUUCGGUUCAGCACCUGCCCCCGCACCGAGACCACGAUUCAAUUUGUCAAAUCAAACAUUCUAUUGUGUCCGGCUAACGGUAUAUAUCUAAAAAUCGAAGCAUUAAAAGCUCGCGCAAUGUAUCUGUUUAUUUCCCUAGUCGCGGUAGUUAUCGGUCUUCUGAUAUAUGUGGUAAACCACCACUUCAACUAUUGGCAGCGUCGGGGUAUUCCGCACGAAGCACCUAGUUUCCCACAUGGAAACUUUGGGGACUGGCCGAAGAAGAGACAGUUUUCAGUGAUAUUCAAGGAUUAUUAUCUGAAGUUCAAGAACGAUUCGAGUUACUUUGCUGGAUUCUUUGUAUUUUUCAAAAAAUCGGCCGUGAUAACGGAUCUAGAACUAAUUAAAAAGGUUCUUAUCAAAGAUUUCAAUACGUUCGAAAAUCGCGGAAUCUUCUCCAAUGAAGUAGAUGAUCCCCUUUCUGCCACGCUGUUCAGCUUAGAAGGUCAGAAAUGGAGGCACUUGAGGCACAAAUUAUCGCCUACAUUUACUUCGGGAAAAAUGAAAUUUAUGUUUCCCACCGUUGCGAAGGUCGGUGAAGAAUUGGCCAACAUAUUAAGGGAGAAAAUGGGAACCUCUUCCAGCCAAGAGCUGGAAGUCACGGAUCUAGUCAGCCGUUUCACGGCCGACGUAAUUGGCAGUUGUGCCUUCGGCUUGGAGUGCAACAGCCUUCAGGAUCCCUCGGCUGAGUUCGUGCAAAUUGGAAAACGCGCACUUACGGAACGUAGGUUCUGGGGCCUCUUCGACUUUUUCAUUUUUGGACUGCCCCAGCUGGCGCGUCGACUACGUCUUAAAGUAACAAUGCCGGACGUAGAGGACUUCUAUUUCCGCAUCAUUCGGGAUACCAUCAAUCACCGCGUGAAGAAUGACGUGAAACGGAACGAUUUCAUGGGCAUUAUGAUUGAAAUGUAUAAGAAAUAUCAGGACGGCAAUGAAGAGGAUGGCUUGAGCUUCAACGAGUUGGCGGCGCAGGCUUUCAUUUUCUUUUUGGCUGGCUUUGAGACAAGCUCCACAACAAUGGGUUAUGCCCUCUAUGAGCUGGCACAGCAUCAGGAUAUUCAGGAUAAACUUAGAGAUGAGGUCAACCUAAUUAUGGCUAAACAUAAUGAGGAUCUCAACUAUGAAGCCAUGAAGCAAAUGCAGUAUUUGGAGCGAGUUGUUAUGGAGACACUUCGCAAAUAUCCCGUUUUGGGCCACCUAACCAGAAAGGCCAAGGCUGAUUACGAUGUCGGUGAUUCCAAGCACAUUAUAGAAAAGGGCACAGGAAUCUGUAUUUCUGUUCUUGGCUUACACCAUGAUCCAGAUAUCUAUCCUGAACCAGAAAAAUUUGACCCGGAAAGAUUUACAGAGCAAAGUAUCGCCUCUCGUCCAGCCUGCACAUGGUUGCCAUUCGGAGAUGGCCCCAGAAGCUGCAUAGGCUCCCGAUUUGGAAUGAUGCAAACAUGCAUCGGACUGGCGUACCUUGUCAAAGACUACAGGUUUACGUUGGCACCUGGAACUAAAGUUCCUCCUACAUUUGUGAAAAAGAGCUUUUUGCUAUCGCCGGAAAACGGAAUAGUUUUAAAUGUAGAAACAGUAUCUUAA